AUGGACAUCGCAGCUUUUAUUGCGCCAUUGCGCCAACUCAGACUGAACAAGAUUACUCGUAUCAUACUACUCCUCGUGCUCUCAUCAACUGUCCUAUUUUCCGUACUUACCAUUGCCUAUACACGCUCUCGCGACUCCAGUUAUAUGUUCGGGAUCCCAUCUGCUUUAUUGAGAUCAAACACAUCAAAUUCUAGCUUCCCGCCACUUGAAAGGGUCCGAAUUCCUACUACCCCUGAAUCAAAUACAACUACACCGUCUGAAGUUCAUGAAGACGUCCUCUUAAACAACGGCACACAUCGCGCGAAUGCCACACUUCUAAUGCUCGCGCGCAACACCGAGCUUGACGCGGCACUACAGAGUGUGCGCGAGCUCGAGGAAAAGUUCAACCACCAGUUUGGCUACCCCUGGGUCUUCCUUAACAACGUACCGUUCUCAAAGGCAUUUAAAGAGAAAAUGACGGAAGUCGUCUCUGGCCCAGUCGAGUUUGCCAUGAUACCCCCACACCAUUGGUAUCAGCCCGAUUGGAUAGAUGAGGAGAAGGCCACACAGAGCAGGAAUACGAUGGUCGAAGAGAAUAUCAUUUAUGGAGCGAGUGUAUCGUAUCGGAACAUGUGCCGGUUUAACUCUGGUUUCUUCUACCACCAUCCCGUCCUCCAGAAGUAUAAAUGGUAUUGGCGCGUCGAGCCCGACGUACAUUUCCACUGUAUCGUCGACGAGGACCCCUUUUUGAAAAUGGAAGAAAAUAACAAAGUCUACGGGUUCACUAUCACGCUGAUCGAGUUUGAGAAGACGAUUGCCUCGCUUUGGAAGACGGUGAAAGACUUCAUUGCCGAGAAUCCGCACUAUGUCGCGCCAAACAACUCGAUGGGCUUCUUGUCUGAGGACGGCGGAGAAACCUACAACCUUUGCCAUUUCUGGAGCAACUUCGAAAUCGCGGACAUGGACUUUUGGCGCAGCGAGGCAUACUCGCAUUUCUUCGACUACCUCGACGCUCAAGGGGGAUUCUACUAUGAGCGCUGGGGCGACGCGCCCGUACACAGCAUCGCGGCGGGGCUGUUUCUGCCAAAGGACCGCAUCCAGUUUUUCGACGAGAUCGGAUAUGAGCAUCAUCCGUUUACACACUGUCCGCAUGGGGCGGGAAUAAUCAGGAAGAAACACUGCUCUUGUCGUGGCUGGCGUAGUUUUGAUUACCAGGGAUAUUCGUGUAUGCGCAAGUGGGAAAGGAUUUUCUAA